UUCCCCUGUCCUUCUUUCUCACACACUCUUGCUGUUUGUGCACACGCCUAACAGUGUUGCAGUGUGUUGCGGUGUGUCAGAGUGUGUUGAGUUGCACUGCAGGCGAUGUGGAUGGUAAGACCGGGGACGUUGGAAGGCUGCACCCACACCUGGCCAGGAUGAAAGUAAGAAGGCACCGGCGCUUACUGCUCUGCACCAUCAGUGUUUGUUUGCUGUCUCUGUUGUACUGCUUCAAAACUCUCCAUCAGGAAGCUCUGCUGCAGAGACUGUCCACGUACAGCUCACGACUGGCAGAAUUUACCGGCUUCCUCUGGCAAGGAACACCAAGUGAACCCCUGGUCUAUGGCACAGAUAAGCAGAAGGCAAUAAGGGUGCAUGCAAAUUAUAGGAAGAACCACGCAAAAGAAGAUUUGCUUCAGCUGAAUCUCUCAGGUCUUCACACAAGACUGUACAUCCUGCAGGAUGAUCUCACGUCCUACUUCAUUCACACUGAGAGAGGAGAGCUGUGCUUCAUUGAAGGGACAGAUUUAAGAUUAAAAACACCUCAAGAUGCUUUUGUGGCUGAACCCCAUCAUGUAAAAAAUAAAACUGGUCCUCAAGAUUACAGAGAAGUAUCAAAGCCUGAGAUAUCAAAUUGUGUUUGCCGACAAGGUUGGCAUGGCCCCAACUGUGGCGUUCCAACAGUAGUGCAACACUCAAAUCUUCCAACCAAAUCCCAUCUUAAGCCCAGGAUGGUACCACGUCGUAUUAUUAAUGCGAUCAACAUCAAUCAUGAGUUUGACCUGCUGCAUGCCAGAUUUUAUGAACUUGCUGAUGCUGUGGAUCUCUUUCUGGUGUGCGAGUCAAACUACACGGCAUAUGGUGAGGCCAAACCUCUGAAUUUUCUUCGACUCCUCCUCAACGGAACCUUUGAUUACAUAAAGCACAAGAUCCUGUACAUCUUUCUGGACCAUUUUCCCAAGGGUGGCCGUGCAGAUGGCUGGAUCGCAGAUGAUUACCUGCGGACCUUUUUGUCCAAAAACGGAUUGAUUAGGGUUCAGGGUCUAAGACAUGAUGAUGUGUUUGUUCUGGAUGACGCAGAUGAGAUUCCGCUCCGGGAAGGAAUUCUUUUUCUCAAAUUCUAUGAUGGCUGGACAGAACCCUUUGGGAUUCACAUGCGGAAGUCCUUGUAUGGAUUUUUCUGGAGGCAACCGGGAACACUGGACAUUUUAUCUGGAUGCACCAUAGGCAUGUUUCUUAAGGUAUACAGAGGGGAUGGGAUUCUGCUACGACGACGAGAUUAUUACUCCAUGCCAGGUUUCCGAGAGUAUGAAAGGAACUCAGGACAUGUUCUAAUGCAUUGGUCUAUUGGAAGUCCAGUUCACUAUGCAGGAUGGCAUUGUUCAUGGUGCUUUACACCAGAUGGGAUUUAUUAUAAACUGAUCUCGGCACAAAACGGAGAUUUUCCUCGCUGGGGGGACUAUGAGGAGAAGCGGAAACUGAGUUACAUUAAGAAAUUAAUAAGAACUGGUGGCUGGUUUGAUGGAUCAGUAUCGAGCUAUCCUUAUGCACACCCUAAAGAGCACAUGUUUGCUCCCAAAUAUCUGCUGGAUAAUUAUGAGAAGUAUCUCUAUUUGUUAGAAAAUCCAUAUUCUAAAGGAUAAAAAAACCUCUUUUUUAAAAUUGGGAAUGAAACACAAAUUGGGUAAAGAAUGCGUCUUUUAUAACCAUUAAAGCUGUCAGUUAUUUUAAAAAA